UUCUAUCGAUCCUUUACACAAAAAACGGAAUGUGGACAAUGUUACCCUUAACACAUAUAACGGAACCUUUCUUUGUCAGAAGUUCGCCUCAAAAGCAAAAUUUUUGGACCAUGGCAACUCUUAUAGAUUUCAUCCACUUGAAGAUCACGAAAAAGAGAAAAUCUCCUCUUUUGAUCUCAAUACCAUGGAGUGUGCUAACCAUUACAACGUCAUUAUAGAUGAGUUGAAUUCAAGAACACUUUUUCGGAAUUACCCUCUUUUUGUCUCUAGAUGGCGCUUUCUUCUUAUAUUUGCAAUAAUUCUGUUGACUGCUAGCAUUUUUGUCGGUUUCGAACUCAUCCUCCAAGAGGGUACUUGGUUCAUUGUCCUUAUUUUGACUGGAUCCAUUCUUGGCGCCCUGAUUUGCCCGUGUUCUUUGUGUUUCAUGUAUUUUUGUAGGAAAAAUUUGUCAUCAUCUGUUCGCAUCGUCGUGUUUCGUCUGAAUGUAAAGUUCUACCAGAAAAGUAAAUGUUUGAUUUACUACGAUGACAGCACCGUCUUGAAGCCCAGUCUGAACAUUUUUAAGUAUGAUACCACUGAAUGCAGAAAUUAUGUCUGUCUAAUGCUGAAGAAAAAGAGACCGACGAUGAAUGAAAACGAUAUAAGGAAAACUGCAGAUGACUUGAUUGAGGAAAAGUUGGAGGAUUUGCAACAGAGAAAUGGCUUAAUAAACUGGACUUCCCUACCUGAGAGUGCCAGUAAGCGACAUAGGACGAGAAACUACAGAGCUUGCCUGUGCGAAAUGGUGGAGGAUAGUAUUAACAAAGAAAAUGAGGGGACUUAUAGCAAUAGAGGCACUAUUGAAGUCUAAAUUUAGUUUAAAGAAACCGGAGAAUCUCAUGAAUUAUCUAGUCUAAAUACUAAGGCAUUUGCAUGACAGUUUACUUAACAGUAUCAAAUUUUGGCAUUUCUAAUCAACAACAACAAAAAAAAAAACAUUA